AUGACGUCACAAUGUUUAGAAUCUUUCUUGUGGUAUCCUCAAGCUGAUGGGGCCUCCAACCAGGCAGUGUUGAACUUGUACAAAAACGAAUUCAAAGGAGACGGAACCUACUACGGCUACACGUUAGAAGGCACGUGUACUUACGGUGAUGACUACCCGCCUGCCGGCAAGGACUCCCGCAUUUCUGCUCUUGUUGCCCUGAAUGCGCCCCAGUUCAUGAACUCGCUGGUGUGUGGCAUCUGUCUACGGGUUGUUGGGACUGGCGAAGGGCUGGGCUCCGACCCAAUCAAGGGUGAACACAUUGUCUUUGUCAAGGAUCUGUGUCCGGAAUGUAAAACAGGGUCUGUAGAUUUCUCCCUGGAUGGCGACGGUCGCUGGGACAUAACCAUACAGGCCGUCCAGUGUCCCGUUGGCAGCAGCAAGAUCCAGUACUCUUUCCAGGGCAGUAACGAGUGGUACCUGAAACUGCAGGUCAGGAAUGCCAGAAUCCCAAUUACUGAGGUACAGUUACAGAGGAAUGGCAACUGGGUGACGCCCAAGCACAGCAGUGACGGAUACUGGGUUGUCAGCGACAGCAAUGGCUUCCAGACGAACAACAUUAACGUCCGACUCACCGCUGCCAACGGCCAGCAGUUGGAGGACACGAUUCCCAGGCUCCAAAAUGACGUCGUCAUGAAUGGGCUCAGGGGGGUCCAGGUGGAUCUGGAUUCACAGCUACCAAAUGCAUAA